AUGCAGUCAAAAGACGAGAUCCGACAACGCAUUCAGCAAUUGACAGGUGCUAUUGAAAAGCAUCGAAAGGAUCAAACGAACAGCCACGUUCGAGGAGGAUAUAGCGGUGCACAGUAUACCAAUCGGCCAAUGUCGUUUUCACGCACCUGGACCAACAAUCACAACCGUGCCAGCACCAACAAAUCUGCUAUCUUUAAUGGCCCCAGGAAUGCCCCAGCAACGAGUCGCAAUAGUGGUAGUUACAACAAACAGUUGGUGUUGAACAAAGCAGAAGCAAGUCCACGAGCACCUCCUCAACCUACAAUACCAUCGUCUUCUUCUUCUUCACCACACAAGAAGCUCGUGCUCAACAAGACUACAACGACACCAACAACGUCCACUUUUUCAGCUACAACAACACCACCAGGAGCACCCAAACAGAUUGAGAUUGGAGGUGUCAAGUUUAUGGUCAAAGGCAAAAAGUUGAUACGACAAGAUCGACUAAAGAAUCAACCAUUACCGAGUGGAAUGGCUGCAGGGUCUCAUGUGGUUGUAGUACGUCGUAACAAAAGAACACGACCACCGGGGAGCGAUCUAGAAGCUGUCAAAAAGAUGCGAUCAACAACAGCACGUAGUCGUAAAGGCAAUAUGGUAUUUGUACGUGGACCUGAAGGAUAUGUGCGGCAAGGCCCCAAUGGAAAAUCACUUGUACUCAAGAGCAAGCGAGUGUCGAGACGAUAUUGUGGUCAUUAUACACGUUAUGGCAAAUGUCCACAGCAACCACGUUGUCCUUUUAUUCAUGAUCCAAAACGCCGAGCUAUUUGCCCUCGAUUCCUGCAAAACAAGUGUCCCAAACCAGCCAAUCUAUGUCGAUUAUCGCAUCAGCCGAUGCCCAACAUUAUCCCACAUUGUGUCCAUUUUCAACGAGGACGAUGCACCAACACCGAAUGUAUCUUUAGCCACGUACAUGUGAGACCUGAUGCACCUGUUUGCCGUGCCUUUGCUAUGGAAGGAUAUUGCAGCAAAGGGCUCGAAUGUCGUGAUAAGCACAUUCAUGUUUGUCCCGAGUUUGCAGAAACUGGAAAAUGCUCAAACGCCAAUUGUCGAUUACCUCACGUCGCACGAAGGGCUGCUACAGGUGGUAAAGGUACAGCAGGCAUCAUACGACCGGGCACUUGGGUUAGUGCUUCUUAUUGGCAUGAACAACGCAAACUUCAAGCAGACAACAAUAGCAAACGCAACGCCAAUCGGACGCUCUCUAAUAUACCCCAACCUAGCAACAGCAACAGCAACAGCAGUGAUAACAACAACACGAUCACACCGCGACCCACACGAGAAGAAGAGGAACAACAAGGAUUCGUGCGUCUCUUUGAUGACAGUGAAGAAGAUGAGGGUUGGUCACAAUACCUAUCUCAGGAUCAUGUACAAGAAGAAUCCAGCCAACUUCAUUUUAGCGACAAUGAUGAGGACGAGGAAGAUGAAGAUAGUUCAGAAGAGGAUAGUGGUAGUGAUAUGGAUGAAGACCAGGAAGAGGAAGAGGAAGAAGAAGAGGAGGAGGAGGUUGACGAGUAUGAGAUAGCAGAGGAUGAUGGGGAGUAUGUAGAAGAAGGAUAA